GCAGGGUCUGACCCACCCCAGCCGUCGCCCCAGCACUGACCGCCAGCAUGCCUGUGGUGCGGUCCGCCACGCCCGCUCAGUCCCCGUGUCCGUCCGGCGGGAAGCACAUCGUCACGGCAACCACCCCGAUCCCGGGGGCCCGCACCUGGCUGCUGUGCACAGGCCUCUUGGUUUUCAGGUGUUUCCUGGGCUGCUGCUUCAUCCCCUUCUGCGUGGACAGCCUGACGGACGUGAAGCACACGUGCCCCGUGUGCCAGCAGGAGCACUUACGCUACCAACGCCUGUGAGCCUCCACAAAAUAGAGCGAUCAAGUGACCUCUGCCUGCCAUGUCUGUCCUGCUGGGGUGCCUCCCGGCCCAGGGGGGUGGCGAAGGCCCAGAGACCUCAGUGGAAGGCUAGGUUCAUGCUUGGGCCACCCGGCACACAGGUGGUAGCCCUCCACCCGCAGGCGCCAGCCUUCUGCCCUUAGAAACCACGACUCCUGAUCAGCCCCAGCCUUGCCAUCAGCACAGGCCUCUGCCUCUCAUGAAACCGUCUCUGC